GAAUUAGUAUAAAAUAUUAUGUGAGCAGGGUUUUAGUAAGAGAUUUUAGCAGAACUGAAGAGAGGGAAGGACUAACUAAUCUAUGGACAUUGCUCUCUUUUCUCCGUCUUCACUUUUCUCUGAAGAAGACGAUGUUUCUUCUAAUGGUGAAGAAAAGGAGGAGACCCAGCAAAGCUUUGUGGAGAGAAAACACGAGUUUUCUGGAAUGGAGUUGACCAUCCGAGAAUUUUCAUUUCACCAACUGAAUGCCAAUCUUCUCUGGCCUGGUACAUUUGCUUUUGUGGAAUGGCUAGUUGAACAUCGGUCGUGGAUAGAAGGACGGCGUUGCUUGGAACUUGGCAGUGGCACUGGUGCUUUGGCAAUUUUUCUUCGAAAAUUGCUUCAUCUUGAAAUCACAACUUCAGAUUAUGCUGAUCAGGAAAUUGAAGACAAUAUAGCUCAUAACUGCAAGGAAAAUGGGAUAAUACCUGCUCUUCCUCAUGUUAAACAUACAUGGGGUGACAGUUUUCCAAUUGCUGAGCCGGAGUGGGACCUCAUCAUCGCUAGCGAUAUCUUAUUGUAUGUAAAACAGUAUCCAAACUUGAUAAAAACACUCUCCUUUCUCCUCAACUCGUACAAAUCCAAAGACGAUGGAGUAGUUCAUCAAACAAAGAAAGAGGAGAAUGGAAUGUGCAUAGGAUUGCCUAAGCCGGCAUUUCUAAUGAGUUGGAGGCGCAGAAUUGGAAAAGAAGACGAGUCACUCUUCUUCAGUGGCUGCAAGGAUGCUGGUCUUGAUGUGAAGCAUAUCGGAUCACGAGUCUAUUGUAUCAAGGUUAGAGAAACAACUACAAUUAACAUCUAAAUAGUAGAGUUUCUUCACAUUUUGGAUUAGGAGAGGACUUGAAGAAGUGAGUUAAGCUUUUAAGUAUAAUCUAAGCAAGCAUGUGUUGCAAUCUCUUUCCUGUUGAGUGUCAAAGACUCAAAGCUGCUUUACAGGUUUAUGUAAGUUUUGUAAUAUCAUCCAAUCAAUAGCUAAGAAAAAUGUCUUGCCCUUUUUUAUUUUGAUUUUGAACUAAUCAAUAAAUUUCAAUUUCGAUUCUGAAACAUUGGUUGAGCAUUUCUUGAACAACAAAUGGAGUUGUACUUUACCAAUCCAAUGUUGUAAUUUCUUUUUAUAUACACAGUAAUUGAGCUCAGCUGUUGGAGAUGCUC